AUGUCAGUUAGUGUUGUUGGAGUUUAUGAUCACCAGCAAAUACCUCAAAAUAGGUACAUGGUAGUUGGCAAGUCGAAUGUGAUUAGCAAUCAAGAAAUUAGCGCGAAUGGCAUAACAAAUGAUGUUACUUAUGAAGCCGGAGAAGGUUGUCGUCGCAUUGCGGAAGCUAGUAAUGACAGUGAUACAUCCGAUACAACAAAUGUAUUAGAAAUUGGUAAACGUCGAUCAGUAUAUUUAGCUAGUGCUCCGACGGAACAAUAUGGUCAGGAAGAGGGGUGCAGUGUCCCAAAGAUUGCCAGAAAUGAUAAAUGCAUGGAAAAUACAGAACAUUUGAUGUCUCAGAGGAAUAAUGUAUAUCGUGGCAGUGGUGCGGAGUUAGUUACUGCUGACGAUGAUGGCGAGCAUCAAACUUUGCAUGAUAUUUCACGGUGCGCACCGCGAGAAAUCACUUAUGAGCCACAGGAGUGCAACCUACAGCAUUGCAAUAUGCAGCAACAACACUGCAGUGUGCAUGCUCAACAUUGCGAUGUUCAAGAACUGCCUCUUUCUAACCAGCGCGUUGAUCGUGAAGUGCACUCUACUGAAAAAAAUAGUGUGAAAAAUGAAAUAGAUUCUGAUGAGACUGCAUCGCACUUACUCAUCAGUUUAAGCAAUGCGUUAACUCCUAGUGAUGCUGAAUUUAUCGAUCGUUACCGUCCAAAAGGGCGUCCUAAGCAUCCAGUUUGGAAUUUUUUCAAGUUUUAUAAAUCCGGUGGACUUACUUUGGGUUAUAUGUGUCUGUUAUGCGGAAAUGGAUUUACGGGCCCUCCAAACACUACAAAUGCUACGAAGCAUCUUCGUUGCAAGCAUAAGCAUGAAUAUUUGCUGUAUUUCGAUUUGUUAGAAGGUUCAAAACAAGGAACAUUUUUUGGAGAUGUGCAUCAGUCUAUCCGAGAGCUCGUCUCCAGGAGGGGUGUUAAGACAGAGGCACCUGUUUUGCAAGGUAAUAAUACUGGUGAAAAUUCCCGUUUAAGCUGUGAAGUCAUAGCUGAAGGUACGCACCGAAACCAUGGUUGGACAGAGGAAACUGCUGGUAGUUCUCAAGAUGCUGAUCUUCAUUCUUUUCUUUGUUCUGCUCUGGUUUCGAAUACAUCCAAAAAUUCGCUUGUUCGAUAUGAUGUAAGUAACACUGGUGACAAUUCUGAAGUUUCAUCUUCCGGAGAAGUUGUGUUUGCUGGUUCAUCCACUGGAGAUGUAGAAUCAGCUACAUCAGUUGUCAACAGUGAUGCUACAGGACAGUUUGCUGGGCAAGUUGAGUCUUUUCUUAAAGAUUAUCGUCGCUUAGAAGUCGAGGUGUGUUUUUUAUUAUAUAAUAUAAUAUAG